AUGCGCCGCCGCUUUUACCUCUGGGCCGAUGAAGACAACCCGCCGAGACACGUCCAAUCCAAGAGUCACAUCACCAAGGUGAUGUUUUGGGUUGCUGUUGCUGAACCACGUAGCGGCUGGGACGGCAAGUGCAUCGUCGACUGCGAAGUUGGAGAAGACCUUUGGCACGUUGGAUCGAGUUAUGCGUGCAAUUGUCGAGGCAAAGAGCGGUAA